CCAUUUAAAAGACGGCAGCACACAGACUAUCCUUACACGUGUAUACACCAACAUUCCAGAUCCUUCCACAACCUUCUCCCCCUUCCUUUUUAAUAUCUCCAAAUUUUCCCCGUUCAAUUUCAACUCCUAAAUCACAACUAGGGUUUUCUCAUCAAAAUGGCUUCAGAACCAAAUGAAUCAGUAUCUUCUUUGAUCGAGAGACUGAUGUCGAUGCCCUACCUCUCUGGUUUCACCGGCACUCGGCGCGACUCGGAAUCGGACUCCGAUCACGAUUCCGAGCAUCACGAUCUUCCUCCUCACCUGGAUCCGUCACUCGAUCGGAUCAUCCUGAUUAAUCCGGUGACACAAGGGAUGGUGGUGAUAAGAGGAAGUGGUAUAGGUUUCGACUCCUUGUUGAACGAUCUCAUGAGGAAGGAAGGUCAACCUCCGGCGUCUCAAGCAUCGAUCGACGCGAUGCCGAGCCUGGAGGUAAAAAGUACAGAUGAGAUAGAGAAUUUAGGAGGUGAGUGUGUAAUUUGCCUCGAAGAGUGGAAGGUUGGUGAGAUGGCAAAGGAGAUGCCAUGUAAGCAUAGAUUUCAUGGUGGAUGUGUGGAGAAAUGGCUGAAAAUCCAUGGGUCUUGCCCUGUUUGUAGGCAUAAGAUGCCAGUUGAAGAUAUGGAUAAGGAAAAUGGAGAUAAAAGUGAGGGAAGAAGAAGAAGACAAGUGUGGGUGAGCUUUUCAUUUGGUAAUGAGAGAUCAACAACAACAAGUGAAGAAGAAAGGUGAUUAAAUGUUUGUAAAAAAAGAGAUAGCAAUUGUUUCUGUUUGUUCAUCCAUCUGCAAUUUUAUUUAUUUGAAGAGAUCAUUUCUCUUGCGCCU